AUGGAGCAAUCCCUCGCGGUCUGGAUAAUAGGCGGUUUCGCAAUCGCUUUCGAUAUUGCCAGCAUUGUUGUCAACGUAAUACUCGCGACAUCUGUCUCGGAACCAGACCUUGGCGCGUUGAAAGCAUUGUCAUUUGUCGCGUUCGGUGCUAGCAUUGCUGCUGUAAUCGGACUUUUGUAUUUCGCGAUCUUUCACGUGCGGCAGUUGAGAAAGGCAUCGAUAGGUUUGAGACGCGCCUCGUGGUGGAUUCUGUGCUCCGGAGCCGGAUUUGCGGCCGCCGCGUUGUCAGUGACUGGCGGUGUCUUGGUGUGGGCGACGAUACGAAAAGAUGACCUCCCAAAGACUAUAAUCAACGAUGAUCCCAUAAUACUACUCGCCAUCUGGUAUGCUGCCUGGGGCAUCACACUUGCUCUUCAAAUCGCCUUCUAUGUCCUGUUGGGUCGAUGGACGAGGAAGGCGCUUCGCACACAAUCAAUAGGCAGACUGGACCUAGAUUUCGGCAUCUCACCACUACCCAUGGAAAACAUUCAACGCACACAGUCACGUGGGACUCACAGAUCCUUCCCUUCACAAGAUAUCACGUUGAACUCUCCACCACGAACACCGACCUCGCAGAUACCAAGCACACGUCGAUCAUCCGCCACAAAGAUCGGCACCAUGUCAUCGUCCAAGAUCCGCCUCGUCAAAGGCUCCGCUAAGUCCUCACUGGACAUGCCUGCCUAUCCUGCUGGAGAGGCAGUCUCGAUUGACAGUGCCUUCGACGAUUGGGACACGUCUUCUGUGCACCAUGAGAUGCGUGCCGCUGUCAACUCUUCACCAACAGUACGGACGAGAGGUGGCCUAGAAACAAUUCCUGGCAGUCGAUCUGAAUCGCCUGCUAACGCAUUAGACGGGCCAUUCCUGCCAGGCUCACCGCAUGCCGCCUCGUCUGAUACAGCACAGGCCGCGGGCUGGGACAAUCGCCCUUUCACUUCCUCGCCACCUUCAAGUCCGCCGCCAAACUUCUCUCGCCCGACGUCAAGACCGACGUCUUCACAUGCGCAUCAAAAGAUUCUUGCACCUGCCUUUGAGCCCAAGCUUCCAACUCCAGACGGCACGAAACGCAGCUCAAUGUUGAUCCAAGACCUUAUACACCCACUCUUCCGCCCUAGCUCCCCAGAGCCUCCACCACAAACCGUCGGGAACAGCACCAUGGUCACUGCAGCGCCACUGGCUGGACACCCGAUCACACCACGAACACUAUCGCGCUUGCAGCGCUCUCGCUCAGAAUCGCAGACCGGCCACUGGCGCGCAAUGCCGAGCGUCGAUGCUGGGAGCGGGAGGCCAAGCACUGCUGGAUCGAUUAUGAGCAGUGUGCAAGGCUCGCCUGGCCCGUCAAUUGUGGACGAAGACCACGAACGCGAAAUCGAUGAGCCCGUCAUACUGCCUGCGUUCAUCAUGACGGCUGGCCAACGGUCGAGUCUGGUUGGCUACGGCAAACGGAAAAGUAUGAAGAAGGAGAAGGAGAAGCGGCAGAGUACGCUUUCGGUUGGCAGUCGGUUGAGUCAGAGUUUCACACAGUGGGACUAG